AUGGAUGUGGAAUAUGUAAGUGAUAAUGUUAACAACAAUGAAGACGACGAGAUAUGCCCAUUAUGUAUGGAAUUAUUGGACGAAACAGAUCGCAAUUUAUUCCCGUGUAAUUGCGGAUAUCAAGUUUGCUUAUGGUGUUUACAUUAUAUUCGCAAUACCAUGGGUAAUAAAUGCCCUGCCUGCAGGCAAGACUACAACGAGUCGAAUUUCAAGUAUAUCAACACCAAUUCAACCACCACGACUCGAAGCGACAAGAACAAUAGAAAGAAAAAAGUCGAGGCGAACAUUAAUAACGGAGCAAACACCAAUAAUUCAACCACAACUACUACCAAUGGCGUCUCAGUCAAUAACAACACAGCUGAUAAAAAUUCUACCCAAUCUCCCACUACUAAUACUGGAGUUGUAGAUAGCAAUAAUGUAUCUAUAGAAGUAUUAAAGGAUAUACGUGUAAUACAAAGGAAUUUGGUGUAUGUGGUAGGCAUACCGCUGAAGUUGGCGAAAAAGGAGAUUUUAAAGAGAUAUGAAUAUUUUGGUCAGUAUGGAAAAAUUCAACAUAUUGUAGUAAAUAAGAGCAAUACAUACUCGAAUGUGAAUAUACCUUCCUAUACAGCAUAUAUCACAUACUCGAAGAAAUCUGAAGCAAAUUACGCCAUUCAGUGUAUUAACACCAAACAGAUCGAUAACAAGUAUUUAAGAGCUUCAUAUGGUACUACCAAGUACUGUAGUUACUUCCUUAAGGGUUUAAAAUGUUUUAAUCAGGACUGCUACUAUUUACACAAGUUCACCAACUCUUCCGAACACUAUUAUAAACAUGGUAACAAUAAUAACGCUUCCCUUAACAAUAAAGAAACAGAUAAAGAUAGCACUGCCACGGCAGCUAAAGAUGCUAAUGUUAAGGAUACCGCAUCCACUAAUAAUGCUGAGCAACAUGAAGCGGGCCCAGUUGUCGAUAACAUUUUCAACGUGAAUAUCAAGUAUAUACUGAAUAAAUACAACAAUAAUAAUAAAUUAAUAAAUAUCGUCAACGUAAAUCACAAUAAAUCGUUAAACUCUGCCAACAACAACGUAACUAAUCUGUAUCAGUGGUCCUUCAAUAAUACGAAUACCCCCAACACUAAGCUUAUUGGCUCAGGAUCGAACCAACCUAAUUACUCAUUAGAACAUAAUACAAAUUCAAAGGAUGGCUCAGUGGAUAUAUUUAACAAUAACGAACUGUAUAUUAACGAUAUAAUGAAUAAAAUAAGAAGAUAUACUAUGCUAAUAGAUAACCUCUCAAAGUCCUAUAACAACACUACUGCCACUUUGAAUCCCAAGGACAAAUCGAAUCCUGUUAGCUCCUCUGCAAAGGAAAAUCCACAAUCUGAUAAGGGACCAGAAAGUUCAGUAAGUAAUGAAGGAGGCACUAUUGAAAACUACAUACAGAAUAUACUAUAUAACUCUAAAAGUCCUGAAGUUGGCAGUAACUUAAUGGCUGAAGAUGUAAACAAGUUGUAUAAAUCUCAACUCAAGAGGAAUGAACACCUCCUCAACCAUUUAAAAUUAAUAUUUAACAAUGAAUAA